AGUAUUUUUCUCGAGAUUAACCUUGUCCAUUGCCUUUCCUUAAACCCAACCUGGUUUCCCUAAACCUAAAGGACCAAAGCACUGGUUCUGUGUUUCUAACCCAAUUCCUCAAUCUGAAAUGAUGGUGUGUUGAGGAGCUGAGGGAGAAGUAGAGAGGGAGAGAGAUAAAGGGAUAUGGAGAUAGAGUUGGAGCCGAGGGUGAAGACCCUGUCCUACAAAAUCAAGGCCUCCUCCCGGGAAUCCCCCUCCCAGAAGGCCAUUCACGUCCUCGACACUGACCUUCGAACUCACUGGUCCACUUCCACCAACACCAAGGAGUGGAUCCUCCUCGAGCUCGACGAACCUUGCCUACUAUCACACAUACGGAUAUAUAAUAAGUCUGUUCUUGAAUGGGAAAUUGCAGUUGGCUUGCGGUACAAGCCAGAGACAUUUGUAAAAGUUCGCCCACGCUGUGAAGCCCCUCGACGUGACAUGAUCUACCCUGUGAAUUACACUCCAUGCCGCUAUGUGCGAAUAUCUUGUUUGCGGGGAAAUCCCAUAUCUAUUUUCUUCAUUCAGCUAAUAGGAAUUUCAGUGACUGGCCUUGAACCGGAGUUUCAACCUGUUGUUAGUCAUUUGCUGCCACAAAUUAUUUCAAACAAACAAGAUGCUAAUGAUAUGCAUCUUCAGUUGCUUCAAGAUAUAACAAAUCGGUUGCUUGUGUUCCUUCCCCAACUUGAGGGAGAUCUUACCAGUUUUCCGGAUGCUCCAGAGCCUAGUAUACGUUUCCUUGCUAUGCUUGCUGGUCCAUUUUAUCCGAUUCUGCACAUUGCGAAUGAAAGAGAAACUGCGAGGGCUUUGGGCAAUAUUUCAGACUCUGAAGCAUCUAAGAACUGUCAACCAACAUCGGCUUUAACUGUUUCCUCUAAUUUUGAGCCUAGAAGAUCACGUAGCACAUCACCUUUUGUCUUACCCACAUCCAGUGCUGUAGUGUUUCGUCCAGAUGCAAUUUUUGUCCUGCUGAGAAAGGCAUAUAAGGAUUCAGAUCUGGGAACUGUUUGUAGAAUGGCUUCUAGAAUUCUGCAGAAGCUCACAGAGCCUGCAGCAGUGCCAGAAGCAUCAAUACCCUCCACUGAAAUCACAUCUUCUGUUUUGGAUGAGACACCAAAAACUGAAUUAUCUAAUCUUGUCCUUUUAGUUGAUUACUCAAACUUGUUUGGAGAAGAUUUUCAGAUACCUGAUGAUCACUGGGACUUGAGCUAUCUUAAUAUCUUGGAUAUAGGGGCAGUUGAAGAAGGGAUUUUACAUGUUCUUUUUGCUUGUGCAGCUCAGCCUCACUUGUGCAGUAAAUUGGCAGAUGAUACUUCUGACUUUUGGUCUACGCUACCGCUUGUACAAGCAUUGCUGCCAGCACUUCGUCCCUAUGUGAUCAGUCCUCCAGAUCUCAUUGAUUAUAAUUUUUCUCAAUGGAAACAACCUUUUGUGCAGCAAGCCCUGUCUCAGAUAGUAGCAACGUCAUCUUCAGCAUUGUACCAUUCACUUCUGCAUGCCUGUGCUGGCUAUUUAUCGUCAUUUUCCCCAUCACAUGCAAAGGCUGCAUGUGUCCUGAUUGAUCUAUGUGCUAGCGCACUAGCACCCUGGUUGACUCAGGUGAUUGCAAAGGUUGAUCUAGCUGUGGAGCUUUUGGAAGACCUUUUAGGCACAAUCCAGGGUGCUCGCCAUUCCUUGGCUCAUGCUCGUGCUGCCCUCAAAUAUAUUGUGCUGGCUCUGUCUGGACAUAUGGAUGACAUAUUAGCAAGAUAUAAAGAAGCAAAGCAUAAAAUUCUCUUUCUUCUGGAGAUGUUGGAGCCUUUUCUUGAUCCUGCUUUAACUGCCUUGAAGAAUACAAUAGCCUUUGGGGAUGUAGCUCCAAUUUUUAUGGAAAAGCAGGAAUACGCAUGUACAGUUGCCCUCAAUGUCAUUCGUAUGGCAGUACGAAAGCCUUCUGUUCUUCCUUCAUUGGAAUCUGAGUGGAGGCGUGGAACAGUUGCUCCUAGUGUACUUCUCUCAAUCUUGGACCCUCACAUGCAGUUACCUCCUGAAAUUGACCUUUGCAAGUUUCCUAUUUCUAAAACCCAGGAGCAAGAAUCUUUGAAAUCCAAUAGCCAAGAUGAUUCUGAUGGAAAGAUUGAUGUUUCUGAUGUAGCUAUGAAGAUGGAUACUUUGAAGAUCCCUGGUGAUGGCACCACAGAAGAGAAACAUGUGACUGAGAAAAUUUUGACUAAGAUAUGUCAGAAUAGCUUACUAUUGGAUGCUGCGUUCCCUGUUGAAUAUGUUAACUUGCAAGCAGAUUAUAUGCAACUUAUGAAUUAUCGGGAUUGUGAGCUUAGAGCCUCGGAGUUUCGACGUUUGGCUUUAGAUUUACACACUCAGCACGAGAUUAGUCCUGAGGGUCAUGAUGCUGCUAUAGAUGCUUUGCUCUUAGCAGCAGAGUGCUAUGUCAAUCCGUUUAUGUCAUCUUUUAGGGCCAGUUCAAAGGUUAUCAAUCAGAGCACUGGAACCAGAAUUCCACAAAACUGUGACAUUUCAGAGCUAAGAAAGGUUUUUGAGAAGAACUCCAGUGACUUGGAAAAAGUGACUCAUCUUGAGAACAAAAGAGACAAAGUUGUUCUUCAGAUACUGCUUGAGGCUGCUAAAUUAGACAGGAAGUAUAAGAAGAAGAUGUCAGAUGAGGAACAUUAUCUAUACUAUCCUGAGGAACAUGAUGAUCAGGUCAUAAAUUUGUCUUUGCUUGAUAUAGAAUCUGCCGAUGCCGUCACCUUGGUUCGGCAGAAUCAAGCUUUACUUUGCAAUUUCUGA